UGAUUCUUUUUGGCAAUCGGUGCAUUUUCCAGAUGAUAGCAAUGGAUGAGCAGCGCAGCGACAAGAUCUAUGGCGGUUGCGAGGGGCCAGAUGCCAUGUACGUCAAACUAAUUUCUUCAGACGGCCACGAAUUUAUUGUAAAACGCGAACAUGCUCUCACCUCUGGCACAAUUAAGGCAAUGUUAUCUGGCCCAGGACAAUUUGCGGAAAACGAGGCAAAUGAAGUACACUUUCGGGAAAUUCCAUCGCACGUUUUGCAGAAGGUGUGCAUGUAUUUCACUUAUAAAGUUCGAUAUACCAACAGUUCAACUGAAAUUCCCGAAUUCCCGAUUGCACCCGAAAUUGCCUUAGAACUUUUAAUGGCAGCUAAUUUUCUAGAUUGCUAAGUAAUUGUUUAAACUUAUUAAUGUUAAAUAAAAUUUUGCAAAAUGAAUAAAUAUAAUAUAUAUUUG